UUUCUCUGGGAAAUGUUGCUGAAAUGGUACUAUGGAUUCUGGAUAUUCUGGAAGAGUACUGAGAGCUCUGCGAAUGGUGCGGAGUUUAGCUGCCAUCCAGGGUCUGGCCAUUAUGGUGCAGGUAAUCAUCCAGUCAGUUUCCGACAUGGCCAAUGUUAUCUUCCUGCUCAUCCUGAUCACAUUGGUAUUCGCUGUGUUUGGGGUGAUCAUAUUUAGUACUGAAGUUCCAGAAUCAUUUGGGAGUUUGGAGAAAGCUAUGUUCUCGCUGUUCAUCUGCAUCACACAAGAUGGAUGGGUGCAAAUUUAUGAACAAUUUGUGGAAAAGGAUGGAGCAACAAUGUACUGGGGUGCACUGUACCUCUUCAUCUUCAUCAUUGGAGCAUCUUUUAUCUUUGCAAACAUUAUGGUUGCCGCAGUGACUUCAAACCUGGAGCAAGCAAUGAUAGAGCAAGAGGAGAAGAGGCAUACUUUGACUGACGAUACAUCUCUAAUGCCUGAGUUGAAAGAUGAGGGCGAAUCAGGGCCUAGGAUGCGCUUGAUCCAUGUACAAGACUGUAUCAGGCAGAUCAUCAUGGCUCACAAACAGCAACCAAUGAAGUACAGCUCUCUGGAAAAUCUCAAUCUCACAACAUACGAGGAAUUCUGUCUAGUGCUUGAAGCUAUCCAGAGGAACAUCAUGCACUAUAAGCAGAUUCGCCUUGAGCUCAAUAGCAUUGUAAAAGAGCUACGUGAUAUUUUAUUUAACCGUGAGCAACAAAAGCAGAUUAUGCAUCAUGAGAAAAGGAUACUGGAUGUGACUGAGGCUCUACUCACCAAUGAUAUGCCAACAUUCAAAAAGAAGGAAAUGCUCAGCAAUUUGUUGGUAAUGGAAAAGCAGGUACGAAGGGUAAACAACAGCAAUACGGGCAGCAGUCUAUACUCAAGAGCAUCAGACAUUCCACAGUCUUCAUCACACAUUAUAAGGCAUGUGCCUGAUAACUAGUUACUAGGCAUCAAACUCAAUGCACCAUUUGUUAUACAAACUUGGCACUGCAAUGUUGAGGAACAGUUCAAUGUCAUUAUGAAGAUAUCAUUCCCAGGGCAGAAGUGAAUGUGGUCUGAGUAGAUUGGAAGCAUUCAUUUGGCUGGAAUGUAAAGGUAACUCCAGUCAGGAUCUCUUCAUAAGGUGAUGGAUUGCAGGACAGUUGGAAUGACUCAAGUUCUUUCCAAGCCCACAAGAGCAGUGCAC